UCCUGUUGGUGCAGGAUAUAUAAUUGUGCUUGCUGUUCAUCAUGCUGGCUGCUCUGUAGGAUGGAGGAAGAGGUAAAGCACAAUUUACAGCACUAGCGGUCUUAUCUUACAGAAAUUGCAGCUUCUAUCACCUCCCCGUCUGUGGAAAGGGUUCUGCUUGUAAAAGAAUGAAAAUGCAUCCUCCUGGGUUGCUGCUUUUCUUCUUAGCAGCAUGCUUCACUCCCACAGCUGACUGCCAGAGUCAGAAGCUAAAGUCAAUGAGAUGCAAUGUCAAGAUGGUAUUUACAAUGAAUACAGCAUGUACUGCUUGUGCUGUGAUGCCUAAAACGUUGUGUCCAAGAGGUUGGUUAAAGACCACGCAAGGCUUCGGAGUGAGGGACUGCAGAUACACUGUCAAGUUAGGAGAAAAUACCCUUGUCCAGCCAGGGUGCUAUCACAUAUGUAAGAAGGAAAUUGAGGAGAAAAAGUGCUGCCCAGGAUUCUGGGGUACGGAAUGCUAUGAAUGUCCAGGAGGCUCCGAAAAUCCCUGCAGUGGCCAUGGGACGUGCUUGGAUGGCAUACAGCAGAACGGAACCUGCAUCUGCAAGGAGCAAUACAGUGGUUUUGCCUGCCAGAAUUGUCGAGAUGAAAACCGUUUUGGCCCAGACUGUCAGUCAGUGUGUGACUGUGUGCACGGGGAAUGCAACAGUGGCGUCACUGGGAAUGGAAGCUGCACUUGCUAUGGAGGCUACACUGGCCUCAGGUGUGACCAAGAGCUUCCCCUUUGCAAAGGCGUGAUGUGUGAGGCCAACAGUGAAUGCACGGUAAAGGAUGGGACAGCGGUGUGUGACUGCAAGCCGGGAUACAGAAAAAGUGGCAGCACUUGCUUAGCUCAGAAUCCUUGUGCGUCUUCUCCUUGCUCCCCCUUUGCUGUAUGUAAUGUUCUUAGACCAGAAAAGUACCAAUGUACCUGCAAAGAAGGAUUUCAAGGAGAUGGGAAGAUUUGUCAGCCCAUAAACCCCUGUGUUGACAACAAUGGAGGCUGUCCAGAAAACUCUACAAUUUGCGUUUACAAACGUCCAGGAGAGGCAUCCUGUGUUUGCAAGCCUGGGAUGAGUAGGAGAUCUGCAUCAGAGUGUUACGUGUUUCCCAAUGACUGCUCAAAGUAUUUUUGCGACGUGUCUUCCACGUGUGAAAUUAAUUCCCAGGGGAAUCCUAGCUGUGUGUGUAAAGAAGGGGAGAUUGCAGAUGGGAGAAAUUGCUAUAAAGAUCUCAUGAGUGAGAUUAAUCAGCAUAAUUCACGAGGAAGGUUUAUUAAGACAUUGAACGUCGCCAGGAGAAUGUUUGCUUCUGGUUGUUCAGUGUUGCUGACAAAAUACGGGCCUUUCACUGUCUUUGUACCAUCCUUUCCUCAAAGUAAUGAUAACAUAGAAUUUAAUGAUACCACUGCUGAGCAUUUGUGCAGAAUGCACAUUGUUCCUGGUCUGCAUUUGAUAGAAGACAUGGUAAAAGCCAAGACGAUGUGGACCUUGUCAGGACAUAAGCUGACAUUCAGCAACCAGGCAUACAACACAUUUCAAUAUCAAGAUGUGGUGGGAGAAUUGUACAGAGUUUUGCAGUCAAACCUACCGGCAGCCAAUGGCAUUAUGCAUAUUGUUAACACUCUAAGGAAAAAAACCAGCACUGACAACCUUGGAAACCCACAGAAAACCAUUGGGGAGAUCCUUGCUUCAAAUGAGAUCUUCAGUCGAUUUGAAACUAUACUGGAGAACUGUGGCCUGCCUGCAAUUCUUGAUGGACCCGGCCCCUUUACUGUAUUUGUACCCAGCAAUGAUGGUGUGGAUAAAUUGAGAGAUGGAAGGCUCAUCUAUCUUUUCACAGAGGGCAUAAAUAAGCUUCAGGAACUUGUGAAGCAUCAUAUCUACACUUCAGCAGCGGUGACUGUAGAGAAACUGAUGAUGAUGCCACACAUUGUUACUAUGGCCAACCAGAUACUGACCAUCAGCCUCAGUGCAGAUGGAAGAAUUCUGAUGGAUGAAUCAGGGAUCCCCUUAAACAUGAGAAACAUUGUGGCAUCAAAUGGUAUUAUUCAUACCUUGGACGGCAUCUUCCUCCCUCCUUCAAUAAUUCCCAUUUUGCCUCACAGAUGCAACGAAGAACAACACAAAAUUGUGACAGGCUCUUGUGUGGAUUGUGAGGCUCUCAACAACAGUGUUUGCCCACCAGGCAGCAGAGAAAUGGAAUCAACACUGUUCCCAAAAGAAUGUGUCUAUAUCCAUGAUCCACAAGGCCUGAAUGUCCUGAAGAAGGGAUGUGCCAGGUACUGCAAUCAAACUGUCACGAAACCUGGGUGCUGCAAAGGAUUCUUUGGUCCAGACUGCAUACCAUGCCCAGGGGGAUAUUCCAGUCCAUGCUAUGGCCGGGGAAAUUGCAGCGAUGGCAUAGAAGGGAAUGGCAACUGCCACUGCUUCGAAGGCUUCAAAGGAGUAGCCUGCCACAUCUGUUCAAACCCAAACAAACAUGGCGAGAACUGUGAUGAAGAUUGUGGCUGCGUCCAUGGUGUCUGUGACAACAGGCCUGGCAGCGGGGGUGUGUGUCAGUCCUGGUCCUGCAAGGAAGGUUUUACUGGGAAAUUCUGUGACAAGACAUCCAAGAACUGUGGGCCGAGCGGGCUGUCCCAGUACUGCCACCAGAAUGCUGUUUGCAGCCUCAAUGACACAGCAAGGUGCAUCUGCAUGGAUGGAUAUGAAGGGGAUGGGUUUUCCUGCCAGCCCAUUGACCUGUGCAGUCAGCCAGAACGAGGAGGCUGUUCUCAGAAUGCCCUGUGCACCAGUACGGGCCCUGGCAAUGCCACCUGCCAGUGUAACGUGGGCUGGACUGGGGAUGGAAAGGCCUGUGUAUCUAUAGACAACUGCAUGCUGGAGAGUAGAGGGAACUGUCACAUCAAUGCUGACUGCAUUUAUAUCGGCCCCGGUCAGAGCAAAUGUGUCUGCAAGAGGGGUUAUGCUGGCGAUGGCCACAAUUGCGAUGCAAUCAAUCCAUGCCUCAUGGACAACGGUGGCUGCCACGACGUGGCUAUGUGUGUGCCUCUUGGAGGAGGGGAGAGGUCCUGUGCUUGCCCUCAAGGCUAUGUGGGGGAUGGCAUUACGUGCUAUGGGGAUGUUCUAAAAGAGCUGGCUGGGAGUUCCCACUUUGCAGGAUUCUAUGACUGGGUUAAGAAAUCUCUCUUCAGCAUCCCAGCAGGAACCAAUGUCACUGUCCUGGUGCCAUCAGAGGAAGCUAUCAACAGCUUGAAUAAGAGUGAGAAAGAUUUCUGGCUGACUCCCAGCAUGCUGCCGUUUUUAGUCAGGGCCCACUUUCUCGAAGGUAUCUUCACUGGUGAAAAUCUCAAAAAGUACGACAGGCCAGAAUUACCCACCCUCAACCCACAGACCAGAUGGCAGAUAAACACCAAGAGUGGUGUAUUAAACAUUCAAAAUGCAAGUAUAGUCGUCAGCGACAUCCCUGCCAGCAAUGGCAUUAUUCAUGUCCUCAGUAAGGUUUUAUUGCCACCUUUAGGAGAUAUUCCACCAAGUCCUCCAGGUCUGCAGAAACAGCUCGAUACAGUUCCCUCAUUCAGCACAUUCAAGGAUUUGUUACACCAAUACCAGCUCAUUGGAAAAAUUGAAUCCAGUGAAAAAUAUACUGUUUUUGUUCCUGGAAAUAGUUCCAUUGAGGAGUACUGCCAGGCUGCCAACGUGACACAAUUGGACAAUGAGACAGUGCAGUACCAUGUUAUACUGGGAGAGAAGCUCUUGCCUACAGAUUUGAGAAGUGGAAUCCAUAAGAACAGCAUGCUAGGGCUCUCCUACUGGUUAAUGUUUUAUCAAAACAGCACCCAGAAGUUUGUCAAUGAUAUUCCAUUGGAUGGAAAAUUCUUCGAGACAAAGAAUGGCAUGUUGAUUGGGGUUUCACAGGUCCUUCAGAUACGGAAGAAUCGUUGCACGGCCAAUACCACAACCAUACAAAAGUCAAGAUGCGGCAAGUGUGAGAAGGGGAUCAAGUGUCCUCCUGGAUCAGUUCUUGUGGAAUUGCCAGGAAGCAAGCACCUCGCUCACUGUGCAUUGCGCUCUGGGGAUACAGGCUGCCAUUUCACCUGUGCAAAAGUUUCUCUGAGGUCCGUCUGCUGCCCUGGCUACUACGGACACAUGUGCGAGAUGUGCCCAGGGAAGCCAGGCCAGUGGUGCUCCGGGAACGGGGAGUGCCAGGAUGGCAUCGAGGGCAGUGGAGAGUGCCAAUGUCUGGAAGGUUUCCACGGAACUGCCUGUGAAAUGUGUGAAGUGGGCAGAUACGGAGCCGACUGCAAAUCAGAAUGUGCCUGUGACAAUGGCAUAUGUAACGAUGGACUGCAAGGGGACGGGAGCUGCGACUGUUUCCCUGGGUGGAAAGGCCCAACCUGCCAGGAAAGAAUCAAGACUGACUUAUGCAAUAACACUUGCCAUCAAAUGGCCAACUGCCUGAAUGGCUCCGCAGAUUCCCCACCCAUGUGCUCCUGCUCUGCUGGAUAUACAGGGAAUGGAACCCAUUGCACAGAAAUAGAUCCAUGCAUUAUUGAUCAUGGUGGCUGCUCCAUAAAUGCUGUGUGUACUAAAGUGUCCCCAGGAGAGAGAACCUGUGUUUGCAAGGAAGGCUAUGCUGGAGAUGGGACACUGUGCCUGGAAAUUGACCUCUGUCUUGAAAGCAACGGGGGUUGCCACACCAACGCAGAGUGUGUUAAAACGGGCCCACGGAAGGUUGCCUGCAACUGUCUUCCUGGUUACAGCGGGGAUGGCGUGAGCCGGUGCAACCCCAUCAACUUGUGUGAACAGAACAAUGGAGGCUGUAGUCCCUUCGGGCUCUGCAAGUACACGGGUCCUGGCACUCGAAACUGCUCCUGCUCUUGGUACAGUGUCGGAGAUGGCUUCACCUGCCAUGGCAAAGUGUAUCAGGAGCUCGCAAGGAUCAAAGGUGCAUCCGUGUUCUUUAAGAUGAUACUGGCAGAAAACACCAAGGAGCUCAGUGGAGCAGGGCCUUUCACUGUCUUCGUCCCACGGGCAGAUUUCAUAGCAAACACCACAACGUUUGAGGAGUGGAAGAGCAGAGGUCUCCUUCGGGAGCUGCUUCGCUACCACAUGGUGGGUUGCCAGAAACUGCUGUUGAGUGACCUGGAAGCCCAAGAGUCCCUUACAUCUUUAUCUGGCCACAAAAUAAAGAUCACUGAGAAAGAGAAUAGCAUCUAUCUCAAUGGGGAAGCCGAAGUAGUGAUGAGUGACAUCGUCGGCGUGAAUGGGGUCAUCCAUUUUAUCAACAAGAUCCUCAUUCCAAGUGACCUGGUGGAUCGUAACAUUUCCUUAAAGAUCUCACAGCAAAAUAUCACAGAAGUGGCAGAGGCCUUUGGGUACACCAUUUAUAGCAAGCUGCUGAAGGAUGCGGAGCUGCUGCCACUGAUUAGUAACCCUCUGCACAGACCCUUCACCAUGCUGUGGCCUACAGAUGCGGCAUUCAAUGCCCUUUCGGAGAAAAGACAGGAGUGGCUGUACCGCAGAGAGCAUCGGGACAUGCUGGCCUCCUACCUCAAAGCACACAUGAUCAGAGACACAAAGAUUGUUGCUGGUAACAUGCCCCAAGUCAAAUUCAUACGGACCAUGCACGGCUCCACCAUCUCGUUCAGCUGCAGCAGAACCCACACGGGGGAGCUUCUGGUGGGGAACGGUGAUGCCAUGAUCGUUCAGAGGCACAUGGAGUUCAGUGGGGGCAUUGCUUAUGGCAUUGAUAGACUGUUGGAGCCACCAGAUCUGGGAUCUCGGUGUGAUGAGUUUGUCUUUGUUGAGCUGCAGAGAUCUACGGAGAGCUGCGGACUCUGUGGCUUCGAGCCGCCCUGCCCUGCUGGCUCAGUUCAACGGGGGGGAACCAGGGGCUGCUACUAUUACGGAAACCAGCUGUUCAGAAACACUUUUCUGUUUCACCACUCCUCCUUGUUGCGGCCAUCCUGGCCGCCCUCCCCGUGGGACCCCUUCAGAAGACACUUCUCUUCCAGGGGGUCUAGGAGGCAAGGCUGUGAGAGGAUCUGCAUUUCCACCCAGUGGGUCCCCCAGUGCUGCAAGAACCACUAUGGCCGUGACUGUCGGGCAUGCCCAGGAGGGCUUGAGGCACCGUGCGGUAACCGUGGUACCUGCGACGACAAAAUCCGCGGCUCCGGGAGAUGCAACUGCAGCCAGGCUUUCAUUGGGACCAGCUGUGAGCUGUGUGCCCCCGGCAGAUACGGGCCGCAAUGCCAAGAAUGCAACUGUACUGAGAACGGUGUGUGCAACGGAGGACUGCACGGCGAUGGCUUCUGCUUCUGUGCUGAGGGCUGGACCGGAGAACGCUGUGAAACCAGGCUAGUCAUGACGCCCCAAUGCUCGCCACCGUGCCAUCCCCAAGCCGCCUGCCGCUCCGGCAACCUCUGCGAAUGCAACCUACACUACGAGGGAGAUGGUAGAACGUGCACAGUGAUUGACAUGUGCAGCCAGGACAACGGAGGGUGUGCUACGCAGGCACAAUGCACGCAGGCUGGUGUCAACAUCUCCUGUGCCUGUGCUGCUGGGUACCGGGGUGACGGCUACGUCUGCGACCCCAUAGACCGGUGUGCGGACGGAAGGAACGGGGACUGCAGCCAGCACGCCAAGUGCAUCAGCACCGGGCCGAACGAGCGGCGCUGCGAGUGCAAGCGGGGCUUUGUCGGCAAUGGGAUCCAGUGCCUGGAGGAGGCCGUGCCCCCCACGGAUCGGUGCCUGGACAACAACGGGCAGUGCCAUCGGGAGGCCAUUUGCACCGACCUGCACUUCCACGAUAAGACUAUGGGUGUUUUUCAUCUGCAGUCACCCCGAAAAAAGUAUGACUUCACUUAUGAGCAGGCGCAGAGGGCCUGUGCAGCAGAAGGCGCCUCCUUGGCCACUUUCCGACAGCUCUCGGCAGCACAGCAGAUGGGAUUCCAUCUGUGCCUGGUGGGGUGGCUGGACAACGGCACGGCUGGAUACCCCACAGCCUACCCCAACCCCAGCUGCGGGGCUAAUCGGGUGGGCAUCGUGGACUACGGCACCAGAAGCAACCUGAGUGAGACCUGGGAUGCCUUCUGCUACCGGGAGAAGGAUCUGGUUUGCACCUGCCGUGAAGGGUUUGUGGGAGAUGGGUAUUCGUGCAACGGCAAACUCCCUGAGGUGCUCGCAGACCACGCUCGCUUCUCCACCUUCUAUUCCAUGUUGCUUGAUUUUGCCAAUGACACAGAAGAAGGAUUGGAUUUUUUCACCUAUCUGUCCAAUGACUCUGCUCCCAAAACUCUCUUCGUCCCUCUGAAUUCCGGCUUUGCAAAAAAUGAAACACUGACAGGAGAAGAACUGAAGCUCCACGUGUCAUCGAGCAAUGUCGUGCUCUUCAGCUUCAACCUCACAGCAGGCACCAUCAUCACAUCCCAGUCAGGACAUGAUCUCCACGUGUCAGACCUUCCCGUGGGGAAUGGCACAGAGCAUGCGGGUGCCAGGGGAAUCAACGACAGGAUGAUCGUGGAGUGGGACAUCAUGGCUUUCAAUGGCAUCAUUCACGCAAUCGCGGAGCCACUGAGGAUCCCACCACCCACCGUGCACAUCGGUCAGGUGAACGGCGGGGCCCAGCCUGGGGGCUCUGUGGCCGCGGGGCUGGCAUCGGCCCUGGGCCUUGUCCUGAUACUGGUGGCCGGCGCUGGUGUCGCCUACUGCUGGGUGAAGCGGCGCCGGCGGGACGGGCAGUUCGGGUACCUCCAGGCCGAUCUGCGCGAGGAGGAGGAGGAGGAGCCUCGGCCGGACCGCCCGCGGGGGGAGGCGGGGCCGCGCGCCGCCAGGCCCCGCCCCCAGCGGCCGCUGGUCGCCAUCCCCAACCCGCUGUACGGCGGCCACGCCCCCGACUACGAACCGCUGCACGUGAGCAUGGCUCCGCCCCCCUCCCCGUGACCACGCCCCCUCCCCGUGACCACGCCCCCUCCCCGACUCCGGUCCCCCCCCCCCGGUGCCCCCCAAUAAAGCGCUGGACCCUCAGGA